AUGGUGGUGGUCCGACUCGGACUUCGCCUCCGGUUUACAAAGGUGCCCGGCGUGCAGGGGGAACGGGUGUUCCGCGACACCAUGACAGUGGCCGACCCAAAUGACCAUGGUUAUCAGGAUAUUAACGAUAUCGUAGAGAAGAAGCUCCGCUUCAUGGACAUUCCACCCAGUGACUUUACCGUCUUUCACAGGGACAGCAAGACAGGCGACACUUUAGUGGUGGAUGAUGCCUACUGGGGGGAACUUUUGACAGGAUUGGUGGAGGCGGCGGCCGCAACAACCACAGAGGCGAGAAGAGAAGCUUCGAGAGUCGACGGGGGCGUUGGCAAUGAGGACGGGGAUGAUGAUUUCAUCGUGGAGAGGGCAAUUUCGUUUGACGUGGAGGUGCUUCGCGAACGACCGUUAGAGCGUCACUUAAAUGGCGAGGCAGCGGUGAAUGUGUUGCCUCUCACCUCGGAGACACUUCAGGCCUGUACCACCGCUGGCGUGCGCCUUGCCAUUGCCGCCCUCACGUGUCCGCCGAAGUAUCCCAAUUUUUUUAUUCGUGGUGUUGUCAUUGCGAUACGUUUCAAGACCCCG